GAGAACGCAGAGGUUACCUGGCGUAAAAUGGUGGUGGGGAGGAUCUUGCAACGACUUAACGGUUGUGAAUUGCAGCAAUUCGAAGGGAUUCACUGUAGUCGAUCAGUGGCUUCGGUGCAACGCGGAAUACCAUGACGGACGCCGAUCGAAAGUCGCGAGUUGCCAUCGUAGGGGGUGGCUUGGUUGGUGCACUAGCGGCUUGUUUCUUCGCGAAGAAGGGCCACUCGGUGGUCGUGUACGAAUACCGUACAGAUAUUAGGGUGCAGGAUUCCCAUGGACAGAGCAUCGACCUGGCUUUGUCGGCCAGAGGACGCGAAGCUUUAAGGGCAGUCGGCCUCGAACAGGCUGUGGUCGAUCAGCAUGGCAUCCCUAUGUAUGGAAGAAUGCUCCACAACAAAGACGGCACUCUGAAGGAAAUUCUUUAUGAUAGCGUCAGGGGGAACUGCAUUUAUUCGGUCAGCAGACGAUAUCUAAACGUGGUUUUGUUAAACGCCGCCGAGAAGUAUCCGGAAGUGAAUCUACGCUUCAACAAGAAACUGGUAGACGCGGACCUGGAUAAUGGAAAAUUGAAAAUCUUAGAUACGAAAACUGGAACCAUCGAGGACGUGGAAUCGGAUUUGAUCAUCGGCGCGGACGGGGCGUAUUCGACGAUCAGGAGAUUAAUGACGAAGAGACCGCUUUUCGAUUGCAGCCAGAAGUAUAUCGAGCACGGUUACGUUGAAUUGUUCGUUCCUGCUGGGAAAGAUAACAAGUUUGCUAUGAGUGGAAAUCACCUUCACAUCUGGCCAAGAGGCGAAUUCAUGAUGAUAGCUCUGCCUAACGACGACUGCACUUUUACCGGUAAUAUAUUCGCGCCAUUCGGGACCUUCGACAAGUUGAAGACACCGCAGGCUCUAUUGAAAUUCUACGAAGAACAGUUCCCUGAUCUUCUGCGUAUGAUAGGCAGGGAUAAGCUGGUGAAUGAUUAUUUUAAAAGGGAGCCCAAGACGCUGAUCUCUAUUAAGUGCAAACCAUACCACGUUGGAAAAACUGCUCUACUUAUCGGCGAUGCUGCUCACGCUAUGGUACCUUUUUACGCUCAAGGAAUGAACGCUGGAUUCGAGGAUCUUUUAUUGUUAGACGAGCUGAUGGAACGUUACGAUUCAGACUUCGGCAAGGUUCUUCCAAAGUUCUCCGAACUACGAUGCGACGAUGCCCACGCAAUAUGCGAUCUUGCCAUGUACAAUUACGUGGAGAUGAGAGAUUUGGUGACCAGAAAGUUGUUUCUUCUUCGGAAACAUUUGGACACGUUCCUUUACCGACGGAUACCGAGCAAGUGGAUACCUCUGUACAGUACCGUACACUUCUCGCGGAUGAAAUUCCGCGACUGCAUUUCGAACAAGGAAUGGCAAGACAAGAUAUUACGUAGAACUGUUUGGUGUACAGCGCUUAUAAUUUUCGCAGUGUUGCUUAUGCCCAUUGCCGAUAAGUACACAUGAAAGAAUGCGUUGUAGUAGAUAUAAAUGCGCAAUCUCUAACCAUAUAGGAUUUAGAUAAUA